AUGUUUAUAUUAUCUUUGGAGGAUUUGAAAUUGAACUUGGCCACAUUCCUGGCCAUGAUCUCAGGCCAGAGUCGUCAUCGUCGUCCACUUCUGGCCGGGGCCAAGCCUAAGAAGUUGGUUUUGGUUAACCCAGGGGCCUAUAAUCCUGUCUCAUUCGUCCAUUUAAGAAUGUUUGGUAAGACUUAUAAACCUUAUCUAAUAACAACACUAUACUACAGAAAGGGCCAAGGAUUACUUGGAGAAAACUCUUGGGCACACUGUGAUUGAAGGGAUCUUUUCUCCAUUCUCAGAUAAGAACAUAAAACCAGAUCUAAUAACAUCAAGGCAUCGCCUGAAGAUGUUGCAAUUGGCAACUCAAAACAGUCAUUGGAUACGGUAGGAUGGCUGACGCCUUUAGUGACAUUAGAUACAGGGUAGAUGACUGGCAAACCCGUCAAUUCGAUGAGCCGAGUACAUUAGAAGUCCUAGAUCAUUUCCAAACAUAUUACAAUAAACUUCAUGGUCCUUCCGAGGUUCAUGUAAUGCUCUUAUGUGGAGCUGACAUUGUAGAAUCAUUCGCUUCAAACUUGCCCUAUUACGAUCAAACCAGCAAGAUCAGCGAUGAAGACGUGAGUAAUCAGAAAACCGCAUUACAUCAUAGUUUUCAGUUAGAAUUAAUUCUAUCCAAGUUUGGAGUUGUAUCCAUCUGCAGACCUUUAACGAAUCCGUUGAGAGCCAUAUAUUCUGUCGACGUUUUGAGGAGAUUCGAGGUGAAUUAGUAAUUUAUAAAAGCAAGGAUAAAUUUAGAAAAACAUUUACAUAAUUGAUGACGAAACAAGCCCAUCAACACUAUCCUCAACCCGAUUACGGACAGCCCUUCGGAGGAAUGAAUCGAUUCGUUAUUGUACGCCUGAUGCCAUAAUUGAAUACAUCCGAGAGCAUGGGUUGUAUAAGUGAGUUCCUUAACUUGAGUAUGAUCAACAUAUUUCUUAUGAAGAUCGUUAGGGGAGAGUCUAAUGGAAGAAAAGGAACGCCCAGAAAGUCUAACGCUGGAUGAAUUAUACGAUCUCUCAACAAGAUGGGCUGACUAUUUUACAACCGAGUUGGAGAAGCAGUACAUGACAGAGUCUACCCAAAGUCUUCCGAUGCCCACAACUCGAGACAUAUCUCCCCCUAAAUCCCCCAAAUCCAAAUCUGUGUCUUUUGCCAUGGAACAACAAAGAACAUCAAGUGCUUUAUCGGAGCCAAAUUUGACUGGGAAGGGCGGGAUGACAUUGAAAUUCCGGCAAUAUAAUCUCUCAUCCACACCGGAAACCACGGUUUAG